AAAAAAUAAAAACAAAAUAAAAAAAAAUUAUGACACGAAUUAAAAAUUACUAAAAAAUAGAAAAGAAAAUAAUUUAAAACGAUCUCAACUUAAAAAAGAUAUGAAAAUCACUAAUUAUACAAAUAACAUUAAUAACAAUUAAUAAUUGUAUUUAUAAAUUUGAUUGUGUUAUACAAAUAAAAAACAAUCAUGGGAAACGAAGGUAGUAAACUAAAAGGUUUGGAAAUCGAUAAAAAUGCAGUAGAGGCCAAUGAUUUCUGGGCUUUAUUUAAUUCUGUUGCUGCCACCACUACCAAUGAGGAAGGUAAACAAUAUCUGUCAGUAUUCCAAGGAGAGCCAGUGGUUACUGGCCAGCUAUGGGUGGCUCAAGGGCCCAUGGAAAGAGCCAUUAGAAACUUGAUGAUUUAUAGACACCCAUACAUUUUAAAAUAUAUCUGUACUUGGGAACAGGGUGGCCAAAAGCAUUUGGCUACCGAAAGAGUACGUCCCUUGCAAACUGUUUUGAGUCAGCAAUCUGAUAUACAAGUUUGCUUGGGCCUACGUACAAUAUUAUGCAGUUUAAUAUUUUUAAUAGAAAAGGCCAUGGCUCGUCAUUUAAACAUAUGUACACAAUCAAUAUAUAUUACCGACUCGGGUAGUUGGCGUUUGGCUGGAUUUGAAUAUGUGUGGAAGCAAAAGGAAGUUACAAAGACCUUGCUAGAUUUCGCCAACGCUUAUCGUUAUCAAGCUGCCGUAGAUCCAGAAGAAUCUAAGGAACCAAACAUAGAAACUAUAGAACAAUAUGCAUUUGCUAAUUUUUGCGAAGAGAUUUUAGUUAAAUGUUCGAAAAAUAGAAAGCAAACAAUAUCAUCGGCACCUAUUCCUCAUGUUCAAGAGUUUCGUGAGUAUUGCGCAAUACACUUAAAACAUAAAAACCCCCAGAUGAGGCCGAAACUAUCGGCGGUCUUACUACACCCUUACUUCAAUCAUGAAUUUGUCUUAAUACACUCGUUUCUUUUCGAAUUGCCUUUGAAAAGUAAUCAGGAAAAGCAAGAGUUUUUUACUGCUCUCAUAGAUCGUCUUCGUUAUUUCGAAGAAGAGGUUGUGGGGUCACAGUUUGCUGGUGACCUGCUGUCGCGCAUGGUUUUGCUGGAUCCUACAGCACAACUAUGUGUCACUCCUUAUGUACUGAGAACUAAAACAGACUAUUCGUCCGCCCUAUUUUCUAGUCCAACCUACACCAAGUAUUUGAUGCCUCACAUUUUGAAAAUGUUUCGCUUAAGAGAUGCUCAAAUACGUUUGAUUUUAUUGGAAUAUUUCAUGGAAUUCGUGAGACUUUUAACAAAAGAAGAAUUAGAGGAGAACAUACUACCGUAUCUGGUGACUGGCAUGCAGGAUACAAAUGAUGUUUUAGUGGCAAAGACUUUAAGAUGUAUGGCAGAUUUAAUACCUAUUUUGGGGGCUACUACAGUACUGGGUGGGCAAAGAAUACGAUUAUUUUCAGAUGGCAGACCGCAAGCCGCUGUCUCAGAUACCAACACCCAUUGGGUGGAACCAAGGUCCAUUACUCCCGUUUUGGGUGAAAGUAACGAUUGUCCCAUGGUAUCGGGUAGUCCUAUACCUGAAAACUUGUUAAGUAAGAGCAACAGCUACUCAUCCUUGUCACAGGCCAUAAAUUCUGAAAUAUUUGAACAUCAUAUGCCGCCACGCUUGAGUCCAGAUGGUGGCGAAGAUGUCAAAUGUACAGCUAUACAAGAUUUAAACGAUACCGAAACUGAGGAUAAAAACAAUGACAAUAAAAUAAUUGAAUCACCAGAAUUGUCUAAAACAGACAUGCUACAAGAAGACAGUAUAAAUAUAUCAGAUACAGACAACAAUGUACCAGAUGUUGAUGAUGAUGCUUGGUCUGACUGGGAAAACAAUGAUGACAAUAAUGACGAAAACGGUACAGUAAACAAUAACGAAUUUAUAGCAAAUAACACAGCACCAACAACAUUGAAUGAUGAUUCAAGGGAUAAACUAACAUAUCCGACAGCGCUUACCACCAACAUUACAAAUUCUUCUUCCUACAAUACCUUACCCUCACAAGUAUCCCUAACAGAUUCCUUUCGUACAGCCCAAUCGAUAAACUCCUCACAUUCCUCGUUAAAGCCUUCGGCCUUACAUAUAGUAAAUGAUGAUUUAGCAUGCCUUGAUAUACAAGUGCAAACAACGACAACGUCGUUAACCAAUCCCGAAUCAUCAGAAUUUGAUUUUUUUAAGGAUAUGGAGCCGGUUAUUGAAACCACCAAAAAACUAAAACAAACAAAUAUAACAUCGGCAAGUGCUGUUAAUUGGUUAGAACCCGACAACUUUGUAGUGAACUCUUCAAGAUUUGCCGCUACUUCUCCAAAUGAUGACGACAUCGAUUUAAAUGUUGGCGACGACAAUGGUUGGCAAGUAGAUGAUGAUGAUGUUACUAACAUAGACGAUUUGAUAAACUCAUCAUCUGUUACUUCAGCUUCCAACGUUUAGUAGUUGCCUGUUUAUUUUAUAAUAGUUAGAAUUUCCAUUAUGUUAUUAAUUAAUAAUAACAAUUAUCAUAAAUUAUUUAGACUCAAAGUCUGUCAUUUUAUGUACUAUGUGUAUUAUGUGCAUUUUAGUGUUAAAUGAUACUUAAUAAAAUUUUCUUUAUUGGGAGUGAACAAAAACGUAAAAUAAUAAAUUAAAAAUAUUUUUUAAUAUUUCAUUUAUUAUAUUUUUAAAUUAUAUAUACUGUAUGUAUUUAUACAAAGUGUAAUCAUUCAUAUUUUAAGUUAUUGGUAAAUAAAUACAUAUUUUCACAAAAUAAAAUGUACAACAACAAAUAUUCCAAAA